AUGGCAGCCAACGGCAAUGGCGGUUCCGGCGUUGGCCAGGAGAACAUCAACACAGAUAUCAUCACUCUCACACGAUUCCUGACGGAAGAGCAGCUUCGAGUCCCAGAAGCUACCGGUGAUUUCACUCUCCUCUGCCACGCCCUGCAAUUCGCUUUCAAGUCAAUUGCCUACUACAUUCGACGAGCCAGCCUCAUCAACCUCACCGGUCUAGCCGGCUCCUCCAACAUAACCGGCGACGACCAAAAGAAACUCGACGUAAUCGGCAACGAUGUCUUCAUCGCCGCCAUGCGCGGCUCAGGCAAGGUGCGCCUGCUCGUCUCCGAAGAAGAAGAAGAGGCAAUCAUCUUCGACGAGCACCCAAACGCCCGAUACGCCGUUGUCUGCGACCCUAUCGACGGCUCCUCCAAUCUUGAUGCUGGUGUCUCCGUCGGCACCAUCUUCGGCAUUUUCCGUCUCCCCGACGAGAUUCUGGGUCCCAACAAGACCGUCUCCGCCAAAGAUAUCCUGCGCGAUGGCACAGAGCUAGUCGCCUCCGGAUUCACCAUGUACGGCGCCUCAGCUCAACUCGUCAUCACCAUGCGCGGUGGCUCCGUGAAUGGUUUCACCAUGGAAAACUCCCUCGGCGAAUUCAUUUUGACACACCCCAAAAUGCAACUCCCCACCAAACGCGCCAUCUACUCCGUCAACGAAGGUAACAGCAUGUACUGGGACGACUGGGUAAAAGACUACUUCCACUCUCUCAAAUACCCCGCCGAGGGCGACAAACCUUAUAGCGCUCGUUAUAUCGGUAGUAUGGUUGCUGAUGCGUAUCGUACAUUGUUGUAUGGCGGUAUUUUUGCCUACCCAGCGGAUAAAAAGAGUCCCAAGGGAAAGCUGCGUAUUUUGUAUGAGUGUGCGCCGAUGGCGAUGGUGUUUGAAAAUGCGGGUGGGUUGGCGAUUAAUUCACAUGGCGAGAGAUUGCUUACGGUUUUGCCGGAGCAUAUUCACGAUCGCAGUGGGGUGUUUCUGGGUUCGAAGGAUGAGGUGCAGAAGGCUAUUGAUGUGUAUAACAAGCAUCACAAGAAAUAG